AUGGCGCGAAUGUUGGGCGCUGCUAGGUUGCUCUCCGUUCGAGUCGUGUACGGGCUGUUGCUUGCCCUGGUGCUGUUUGCCGCGCUCCACGUUGACGCCUUGCGGCAAGCGUCGCCCACCGGGCGACCGACGCGGGACCAGAUGCUCAAGGAGAUUAAGGUGGCCACGUCAGUCGUAAAGCAAAAGCCGGGCUAUAAGAGAGUCGCUACUCUAAUCCAAGUUGGACUCCCGAAAGCUCCGAAGAAGUAUGAUAUCACGAGGCUUUAUAACGGGACCCUCCUAGCAGGCAACGACAAUGCGGUGAAGGUGCUGUUGAAGAAAAUCGACGUGGCCAAACCCGCGGAUUUGGACAAGGUGUUUCGGAUGCUGCUACAAAUGACCCUCCAAGGCCGCUUCAACGACACUCUCUUGAAGAAGAAGCCCAUGGUUAAUUUUCCGACGAAUGGGGUGAGUCCCCUGAAGAAGAUGACACCGAAAAACGCGCCGCAGAUCACGUUCGGAGUGCCUGGGAGUCCAGCGACCACUUGGGCGACGAUGCUCACUCCGAAUCUGUACGUUGGGAAAUGGUUCACUGUGCAUGGCGUUAACUACUUCAUCAUUUAA